AACGAGAGCCCGGACCGCCAGAACGCCACCGGGCUGCCGCAUCGUGACGCGCAGGUCCUCGGCGGGACCCCCGGGGGCUGCUCCCGCUCCUCACUUCCGCGCGCGGUUUCCAUCGGAGAGGCAGCGGCUCCUCUCACGCCGCCGGGACGCAAGAUGAAGUGGCGAUCUCUCCUACCCCAACGAUGUAUUUUGCUGAUACCAUGUCUCCUAAUGGCUUUGGAAGCUGUACCUAUAGACAUAGAUAAGACAAAAGUCAAAGGAGAAGGUCACGUAGAAGGAGAGAAGAUAGAAAAUCCAGAUACAGGGCUCUAUUACGAUGAAUAUCUCAGGCAAGUAAUUGACGUUUUGGAAACAGAUAAGCAUUUCAGGGAGAAACUCCAGACUGCUGACAUAGAAGAAAUAAAGAGUGGAAAACUAAGCAGAGAGCUUGACUUAGUAAGCCACCAUGUGAGAACACGACUGGAUGAACUCAAGCGACAAGAGGUGGCAAGAUUAAGAAUGUUAAUUAAAGCCAAGAUGGAUUCUGUUCAAGAUACUGGCAUAGACCAUCAGGCUCUCCUUAAACAGUUUGAGCACCUGAACCAUCAGAAUCCUGACACAUUUGAGCCUAAGGACUUAGAUAUGUUGAUCAAAGCAGCUACAAGUGACCUGGAGAAUUACGAUAAAACCCGCCAUGAGGAAUUCAAGAAAUAUGAAAUGAUGAAAGAACAUGAGAGGAGAGAGUAUUUAAAAACAUUGGAUGAAGAAAAGAGGCAGCGCGAAGAAUCCAAAUUUGAAGAGAUGAAAAAGAAACAUGGAGAUCACCCUAAAGUUCACCAUCCUGGAAGCAAAGAUCAAUUGAAAGAGGUGUGGGAAGAAGCAGAUGGGCUAGAUCCAAAUGAGUUUGACCCCAAAACAUUCUUCAAAUUACAUGAUGUCAAUAAUGAUCGUUUCUUGGAUGAGCAAGAAUUGGAAGCUCUAUUUACAAAAGAGCUAGAAAAAGUUUAUGAUCCAAAAAAUGAAGAAGAUGACAUGGUUGAAAUGGAAGAAGAGAGGCUGAGAAUGAGAGAACACGUAAUGAAUGAGGUUGACAUCAACAAGGACAGAUUAGUAACUUUGGAAGAGUUCCUGCGAGCUACAGAAAAAAAAGAAUUUUUGGAGCCAGAUAGCUGGGAGACAUUAGAUCAACAGCAGCUCUUCACUGAGGAUGAACUGAAGGAAUUUGAAAGUCAUAUUUCUCAGCAGGAAGAUGAACUCAGAAAGAAGGCAGAAGAACUUCAGAAACAGAAGGAGGAGCUACAGAGGCAGCAUGACCAGCUUCAGGCUCAGAAACAAGAGCUUCAGCAGGUUGUAAAACAGAUGGAACAAAAGAAACUACAACAAGCAAAUCCGCCUGCAGGACCAGCUGGAGAACUGAAAUUCCAACCCCCUGGCGAGCACAAAAUUGAAGAAGUACCAAAACAUCCUGCAGGAGGUGAUCAGCCUUUACCACCAGGACAUAUCCAAGAACCAGCUGCUAGAACUGAUCAAGUUCACCCUUAACCACUCGUGCCUCAACUUUAUAGCAUCUUUAUUAUUUUGGGGGGAGGGUAAAAAAGGAAAGGGAGAGGGACAAAAAAAAAAAAAAAAAAAAGGGUAAUGAACUCUCCACUUUCUUUUCCAGAUUGUAAAAUCACCAGGAAUGUUAGAGAUUAAAUAUCAAUCAGACUUGAAUCAUAAAUUAAUUUUCUCUCCAGUACAUCAGUAAGAAAGGCAGUGGGGAUCAUUUAACAGCUAUAAUGGAGGAAAAAAAUAAGGAAACUUAUUAUUAAAGGUUUUUACGGCCAAGGGACUCAGCUCUUGGACCAUUCUGUUAUAAAAAGAGGGAGGAGAUGUAUGCCAUUGUGUGUUUAGGCAUGAAUUGCUACCUUUUCUGAGAAGCAGCAGCAAACUGAACUGAAUAUCAAGUUAGGUCUUGUUUUACGUAGAAACUCUUUCCAGAAAUGUUGAGAAGCAAAGUACAGGGAAACAGAUCAUAGACAAAGGCCUACCAUUUCCAGCACUACCAACCACUUUCUUCUUUUGAGACCAAAUAAAAAUGAAAAUUCUUAUGCUUAACUUUUAGAAAAUUUGCACUUUCUAAAAUUUAACCACCACAAACAAUUGCAUGUAACAGUGAAUACUUUUCAUGUUUACAGAAGUCUAAGAAUUUCACUGUAAGCCUUUCAAAAGGAAUACUGUACUUCUAGUGGAUUGGUCGGAACUGUCCUUAUUAAGAUUAACUCUCUGUAGCAGUUGGCUCACUCAUUUGGCUCUGGGGAUAGUUCUUUUGUCCCUGUUUCUUUCAUCAGGUGCCAAGUGAUCUCAAAAUUUUGCAUGCUAUUAAAUAAGCUUUUUAUGUUGAUGGAAAUAUUGUACAAAACAGAACAAGACUCACUGUCUUUUUCUGCACGGAUUUUCCUACCUCUUGUGGUAGUACCAGAUAUUUCAAAAUGCACCAUGUGCUUCUAAAAGCUCUUCUCAGACAUGAAUCUUUGACUUGUUAAGAGUCUCACUGUUAAUAUGUAUUUGUCUUUCAGCAGUUAGUUGAUGUAGGUUUAUGAAAUGUCUAAAACAAGGGUGCUACUUGAUUGUAUUAUUUUGGUAUAGAACCAGGAUAGCUCCCUCAUAUUGUAAGCCAAGAUUUUUCAAAAACCACAAAAAACCAACAACAAAACAAAAACUCAGCAGCAAAAGUUGUCUUUCCUGUGGGUUUUGCUAUAACGUCAAAAAGCUGUGUGAUUGUCCUUCCUUGUCAUCCACUUCAGACUGAGUGUAAAGCCUCCUUCUUUUUGUAGCUUUGUGUUUGUUUGUUGUUGUUAAGAAAAAAAUAUGGAUUGUUCUGAUUGUAUAACGUUGGCUCUGAACUGAUAUACACACACCUUGGCAAGCA